AUGGCUGACGAUGGAAUGCUCCUGAACUUUGCUAUUGCAGACAAUGUCAUCAAGCCCGACGCCAAGUUUAAGGGAGGAACAUGGCGAGAUCGUCUCACUGCGAAGAAGCGCUCUCAACACAUCUCUACUGGAAACGGAGAUGCCGAAAAAAGAAACGCUGAUUCGAAGAACCCGAACAAGAUUCAAAUACCUGCAGUAAGGCCUACAAAACGCCAAAGAACAGACGACUCGUUUGAGGGACCAGACAGAGCACCCGGUCAUCGGUCGCGAUCUGGACAAAAGGCACAGCACCAGCACCCCAAAGAAUUCGUUUCGUCGCUAUUCACCAGCAAUCCAGAAUCAAAAAAUGUUCCAGAACCCAAGUCUGACGAAGUUUUCGAGGAUGCCAAACCCACCAAUGCGCCGCUGAUAGAUGGACUUGAUACAUUUACAAACCUUGGUUUGUCGCCAAGCUUGGCGGCGCAUCUACUCACAAAGCUUGAACUCAAGGCGCCGACAGCUAUUCAGAAAAGCUCAAUCGAACAACUACUCAAGGAGGAGACCGACGCAUUCAUUCAGGCAGAGACUGGGUCAGGAAAGACUCUAGCAUAUCUUCUUCCUCUGGUGCAACGGAUCAUGGAUCUCUCGAGAGCAGGCAAGGAAGCUGGCCUUCACCGUGACAGUGGGCUUUUCGCGAUUGUGCUUGCUCCGACCCGUGAGCUGUGCAAGCAGAUCUCCGUUGUACUGGAAAACCUCCUCCGAUGUGCAAACUGGCUUGUUGGUGGUACCGUGAUUGGUGGAGAGAAGAAAAAGUCAGAAAAGGCACGCUUGAGAAAGGGCUUGAAUAUUUUGGUUGCUACACCUGGUCGCUUGGCUGAUCAUCUAGACAAUACACAAGUAUUGGAUGUGAGCAAUGUGCGAUGGUUGGUCCUGGACGAAGGCGAUCGCUUGAUGGAUAUGGGCUUUGAGGAGGAAUUACAGGGUAUUGUUAAGAAACUUGACGCCAGACAACGACCGAGCCGAAUUCCUGGCGUACCAACACGGAGGACGACUAUUCUAUGUUCUGCUACGCUGAAGAUGAACGUGCAACGAUUGGGAGAAAUCAGUUUGAAGGAUGCUAUCCAUAUCAAGGCAGACCCUGCCGAUGAGAAUGAGGAAACCCAAAAAUUGAAGGACGAGGAGGAUACCUUCCGCGUUCCUGCCCAGUUGAAGCAAUCCUACGCAGUGGUUCCCGCAAAGUUGCGUCUAGUUUCGCUGACCGCAUUACUGAAGCGAACAUUCAUUCGCAAGGGCUCUGUGAUGAAGGCUAUCGUUUUCAUUUCUUGUGCCGACUCUGUGGAUUUCCACUUCGAAGUUCUGACACGAAAACACGGUGAACGACAGAAGGACGACAGUAGCGACAGUGAAAGCGAAAGCGAUGUCAAGGAAAAGCCAAAACAGCCAGAAACUCUUAACUCACACGGCACUAUUGGACCUGGCUUGGCAUUCUCUACUCAUAGAAACCCGGUCGUCCUCCAUCGACUACACGGUUCUCUCCCCCAACACGUCCGAACCGCCACCCUCAACUCCUUCUCUUCUAGCAAGGAAGCUGCUGUUAUGAUCUGUACCGAUGUUGCUGCUCGUGGUUUGGAUCUGCCGAACGUCGAUCUGGUCAUCGAAUACGACCCUGCUUUCAGCGCAGAGGAUCACACACAUCGUAUCGGUCGUACCGCCCGUGUCGGCCGCGACGGUCGCGCAUUGAUAUUCCUCCAGCCGGGCUGUGAAGAGAACUAUGUCGAGAUUCUCAAGAGAGGUUAUCGCGACGGUGGUAAAGCACUCACUCGUACCGACGCCACCGAAAUUCUAAAGCGUGGCUUUGGUGUCACUGUGGACUCAAAAAGCAAGAACUGGGAGGAGAAAACCACCGACUGGCAGAUGGAUGUCGAGCGAUGGGCUCUGGAGUACCCAGAGUACUUGGAAAUGGCGCGUAAGGCGUACCAGUCGCAUGUCCGUGCAUACGCAACCCACAUUGCUAGCGAGCGGAGUAUGUUCGACAUCAAGGAGCUUCAUCUCGGACAUCUUGCCAAGGCCUUUGCCCUUCGGGAUCGCCCGGGUAAGAUCAAUGUCCCUGGUCUGCGCCCUGGAAAGGAGGACUCAAAGAAGGAAUUCAAGGAACGCAGAGGAGCUGCUGGCCAGAAGAGAAAGGCCGAUGAAGACGCCCCAACUACAGCCAAUGUGUCCGAGGCCUCGCGGAAGAUGAGAGCCAAGAUGAAGGAGCAUAUGUCUGCAGCGGGCGAAUUCAACCUGGCUUGA